GGCUGCUGGGAGACUAGGCGAGGACACGCGUACAGAGUGGCAGUGCUGCUGUCAUCGUACUGUAGAAGUGGCUGUGUCUGGGGAGGGGAGACCUCAGUGCCUUCUUGGCCAAGGGAAAUGAGAGAGGGUUUCCAUCUGGGCGUGCACUGCCAGCCCCGCCCAGGGGUUUCCCUGCCUGCCGGCGUGUGUGUCACUGAUGGUAUUGGGGGCAGGUCACGGCAUCCUUAGGUGGCGCAGGGAUGGCUUCCUGCCCCAGGUCCCUGGCAAGGAGCACCUUUUCCCCCUCCCCAGGUCACUGCCUCCGUGUGGCCACAAGAAGGCCAGGAAGAGAAGGGCUGGGGACCUGCCGUGGGGUUUGGGGUGGGAGCAGGACUUAGAACCGAAGGCCUCCCCUGAGCCCCUUAUGACCUUGUCAGCCGGGGAGGAUAAUGACAUCCUCCUCUCACCCUUAGCCUCAAUUAUGUGAGAUAAUGUUUGUAAAAGCCCUUCGGUAAGCUGGGAAGUGCUACCCAAGCGGUUAGGUGUUGUCACUUGUGCUUGGGGGGUGGGAGGGGUCUGUGAGUCAAAGGCCGCACACCCAGAGCUGGCUCCCAGCGUCCGGACAACUUCACGUCCCCACCCCUGGCCUUUUCCUUUUGCCACUGCGCCUCUCGGUCCGGGGUGGCAGGACGCUGCAGAAUGCGGGGGCUAAGACCACAGGACCCUGGCUGGGGUCAGGGCCCCACCUCUCCCCAACCAUGAGACCUUAGACAGGUGACUUAGUCUCUGAGCCUCAGUUUCCCCGCCUGUCAAAUAGAGAUCUGUCACCUCUGAGGCUAGAUGUAGAGACCAAGUGAUCGUUGGUGGCAGAGCUGGGCCAGGAAUAAAAGGAGCUGCAGCUGAGCUGUGGUGGUGUGCCAGGCGCUGUACGUUCACGACCUCCUGUCAUCUCCACUGCUGCCUGUGAGUGGGGUGUCACCCCAUUUCACAGCAGAGGAGACAGGCUCAGCAGUGCCAGCCUGCCCAAAGUCUCCCAGCAGGUAGGUGCCCAAGGCAGGUCGGAGUCCUGUCUCUGCCCCCCGGCCCUCCUCAUUCCUCAACAAGAGGGCCCCACGCUGCCUCCGAGUGAGGUGGGGCUGAGCACAGGUGGCUUGGCCAGCCCACAUAGGUGAGCCACCUGGAUGGGCUGCUGUCCAAGUGCCCUGAGCCCUGGCGGCCACCAGGGCUGGGCCCAGCCUCCCUGGGAAGCAAGGAGCCCCGGGGCAAGGUUCUGGGAAAUCAGGUUUAUUAGCUCCUUAAUGACUGUUUACAAGCUGCAGUGUUUGCCUGGCAUGUUCCUCCCUGCUGGGGGCUCCAGAAGUGAGGACACCCAGCGCCCUGUCCUGAGCAUCGAGCUGGGGACCCAGGGCAGCCAUCAGCCAGCUAGGCGAGGUGUUGGCCUCUCUGUAAAAUAUGGGGAGACUCUGUCCCUCAGCCAAACGUGCUCCUGGGCUGAGCCCGAUGAAUGGUGACAAAGCCACCUAGGUCUUACAUCUUAUGCACAGACAAACUGAGGCUCAGAGACAUUGAGUGGCUUGCCCAAGAUCACACAGCGGUUGGGGCUGGGCCUAUGCCUCGUUUCCCCCCACUGGGCAGUGUUUUCACUCUCUGGAGCCAGACCACGAGGAGGCGGGUGGAAGUGGGUGGACUCACCCUGCAAGCCCAGGACAGACCUUGGGCCGGUCACACCUUGGUGUCGAGGAGCCUCCAGCAGAAAUGAAGCGGGCCUCCCCCUCCCCCAGCCACUGCGCUUGCAAGGACCCGUGAGAGCCCAGCUCCCGGGACCGGAGAGGCGACGCUCCAUGUGUGUUUGGAGCAAGAUGCGGUCCACACAGCCCGUGUUGGUGUGGUUCCCCGCAUGCACACACACCUCCUCAGGAACCCUCCAGUGUCCUGGCAUCUGGCCUCUCCCCCUUCGCCGCGUGGGGAAGGAGCAGCAGAACUGGGGCGUGACGUGCAGCCUCCCCGACGCCGCAGGCCCUGGGCAGAGCACCUCGGGACCUGGCCUCUGCGCUUGCUCCCUUCCCUCCGCGGUCCCCCAACCUGCACUCGAACCCCAGGCUCUGGGAGCUGCUGCUGCUUGCCUGGGUGUGGAAGGGCGUCUGUAUCCUGCCCCCACCAGCAGUUUCUGGGAUCCAGAGAUUUCCAGAGGGGCCCGUGGGAGGGCACGGGGGCGGGGGGCCAGCUCUGUGCGUGUUGGGUGGCCUGGCUGCCCUCCCGCUGCCUGUGCCGCCCCCGCCCUUGCAUGUCGCCAGCAGCUGCUGCAUCGUGGCUUCAGGGACCCCAGCAGAGGAGGGGGACAGUCACACCUCUGCCAGCCCUGCUGGCGACUGGUCCUGAGAAAGAUCGGCUGGAUGUCAGAGUCUGUGCCGCUCCUAGGUCAUCAUGUGUCCCCCUUGCCAGACACACGCAUGGGCCCACACCCUCACACCCUGCUCUCGGCGGCUCCUGGAGCCCAGCGCCCGCUUCCCGUGUCUGUGGUCGGCCUGGGCCGUCCGAGCCUCUGCAGCUGGGUCGGGGGGAGCCCAGAGGAGUCAGUGGGUGGCCAAGCCCCGAACCUCCGGUUCUUGAUCUUCUGAAUUGAGUCUGGGGCAAGCGCUCAGAGGGCGAGAGGGAGAAAGAAACCGAGGGCUGUCUGGGUUCACAGGGCAUCUGGGGAACCCACAGGCGGUUUGCUCUUCCUCUGUCUCGCACGGAGCUGCCGGGCAGAAGCACCUGCCAGCGGGUUAAGUGCGUGUCUGCACCCACUUGCCACCAGCCUCAGCCGCUGGGGAAGCGGUGCCGGGGGGAAGGGCGCAUAGACCCCUGGUUGGCUCCUGGAGACCGACAGCCGGGCCCCUAGCCCUGGGCAAGGAGUGUGCAGGGCUGAGUCACUGGCUCUGCGGGGGCCAGCUUGGGGACGUGUUGGGGAGACAUGGGCCGAGAGGGCAGCUUUUCCGAGAGCUGUCAUUCCUCGCGCUGCGUGGCUGGAGAACUCCCCGAGGUCAGCAGAACCAGGGUGUCUGCUGGGGAGUGCACAGUGGUGAGGGCCCGGCUUCCUCUUUGCCGCUUUCUAAAAAUGCCGCGGUUCCCAGCAGGGCCACAGGGAGGGAAGAUGGAGUUUCGGUUUCUGUGGCAGAGAAGCUGGGGAGAAGACAGGGUCCAGGCAGUGCACCGCCCCCCUGCUGUCCUGACCGCCACUCUCUGGGACACCAGGUGGCCUCCGAGCAGCUCUAGAGCCCCAGCCAGGCUGGAAGUGGCUUCUGGGCCAGGUGGCGGCUUCCUAACUUCCUCUGCAAAGGGGACUUCAGCCCCUCUGCACAGAGGGUCCCCUAAGUCACCUGGCCACAUCCAAUGGUAAUGGGUGGUCUCCCUCUUUCCUCUCAGGAGGGGAGCAGGUUGCUCACUCUUUGUCCUAGGGCCCCUCCCUCUGCUCUGUCCCCAUUUCUGGCCGCGCACAGGCUUGGCCCUCCUGUCUAGCUUCUGCCUGUUUCUGUCUGGGGCUGCAGGUGAUGCUCUCACCCUGCCCUGACCCAUAAAGUCUGCAGAGCCCAGGGUUCGUGGGGAAUGCAUCUGCCAUUAGCAAGGCCACAGCAACCUGCCAGCGUGGGGGUGCUGGUGGCAGGCAGGUGGAAAGCAAGAAAGGGGACUCGAGCCAGACACCUCAACACAGGUGAACUGCAGGUAGGGAGGGGAGAACGAGGGAGGAGUACAGGAUCCAGCAGGCCUCCUGGUGGGGCGGGGGUCCCUGCAGCCCUUGCUUACACUGGCUGUGUGGCUGGCACAGGGCUCGGUUGGGAGCGCCCAGCCCCACCCAUUGUGGGGAAACCGGAUUCUCUGGGCAGCAGCCUCCCGUGGUUUCUGAGUCUGCAUUUCUGUCAUAUGUGCCAGAUCUUGGCUGUUGCUGCCUGGGUUAUGCGAUCUCGAAAGCUGUCUGGAGUGGGGGUGGCCCUGACCCCGGGCAGGGUGGGAAGCAGAGGUCCCAACCCGUGGAGACGCUGGGGUGAUCUGAACUCUGCACUUCACAUUUUCUCUGGAUCUGCCAUCCCCACCCCCAUGCUGGGCCUGACCCAAAGGAGGAGGAUAUACAGCCUGUCCCAUCCUGACUCCCCCUCUCCCCCCAGCCCCGAGCUCCAGCACCCUUUGGAGCCUCCUGCUACUCUGGGGCUGGGGCAUGUGGCCCCAAGGAAGCCAGGACCCUCCAUGGGCAGGUGGCGAUGGCCAGCCGUGGGCUAGGUGCGGAGGCAAGCCUGGGAUCUUAGCAAGAGUGGCAGAUGUGACCGCGGGCCAAGAGGAAGCCUGGUCCCAGGAUGUCACCAUUUCCUCUGCAGUGAGCAAGCACUUCUGGGGACAGGAGAUGAUGAGUGUUGGGUGGGGCAGCUCCAAGGCUCCAGCGCUUUCUUCUGCCUGGUCCCUGUCAUGUGCUCCUCCACACCCCGGACUUGGCGCAAGAGUGGGUGUGACGGUCCUGAGCCCUGAGCAAGGGGCUGGGCUCCUGGCCCCCCACCUUUUGCGCAAGCCGGGGUCUCAGGAACAGGCCCUCCCCUCCAUGGUGGAGAGGGGCUGGGGCGAAGUUGGUGUUUUAUACUUUACGGACUUCCUGGAUGUCAAGGUUGGGUCAGCACCUUGCCCCACUCCCUUGCUUAGUUGAGAAGGAAACUGAGGCCCAGGGGGUGAAGCUGCUCACAGGCUACUUCCCAGGACUCUGGGUGUGCUCUGUGCUUAAGACAGCCCUUCCAGACGCCCUGCUCCCUCCCAGCAAAAUGUGCCCCACCAGCCACACCCUGCUCUCCAGGGUCAGGCCACUUCUCUUGGGGACCCUUCCCCUCCUUCAGCCUGGGGUUGUGCCUGCCCCUCCCAGCAGGGGCUUGGCAUAGAUGCCAGUGGCACAACAGGCCGGGGGCCCAGCUGGAAUGGCCUGGCCUCAGGAGGGGGAGUCUGGGCUGUGUUGAGGGGGGUCCCACUGGGGACUCAUGCUAGGACAGCAUGUAGCCUCCUCCAUCCUGGCCCUGCAGUGGGCACAGACUGGGGGCUGUUUCCAGGGCUAGCUGCAGGACUGGGGGGAUGCCUGCUCUCUGGGGCCAAUGUGGACCGACCAUCCCCAGCCACCCAUGCCUUCUCACCAGCCUCCUGCUCAAUUAGCCAUUAAUUGGGGCGAGCAGAAUGCCGGGUUCUGUGCCACCCAGGGUCGAGUAGGGGACACCUACACGUAGGCAGAUCUGCAGGACCCUGUGAGAGAGCAGAUGAGAAAACAGUUGAUUCUGUCUGGUGGUGACAGGGCAGGCUUCCCGGAAGAGGUGACAUUUUACCUUCCUUAAAGGAGCAGUAGGGCUUGGCUAGGCAGGCAAGGUAGAGCCUGGCGUGCCAGGUGCAAGGCCUCAGGUGACAGGAGACGGGAGCUUGGGGAGCCCCAGGAGGACGUGGUUUGCCUGGAGGGGUGUGGGGGAGGCCUGAAGUGCUGACUCCAGGUAGGUGUGGUCAGCUCUGGGUUCCAGAAAGAUCACGCCUCCUUGGUGGCCUUAACUGCAGCCUGGUGGCCCCACCCUCGCCCCAGCCUCCUUCCGCUGCUGCCUCGCUUCCCCGCUGGUGCGGUUUCCCAGGGCAGCGCCCUCCCGAUGCCCUUUCACUGCACCCUACUCCCGGGGAGGUCCAGCUGGGAGCUUUCCGCACAGAGGCCCCAGGUGAGGCCGUUGCUUGGAGCUGUCCCCAGAGUGGGCGAGGGACUCGGGGUGCUGGCCACGGCUUCACGCGGGCGGUGUCCUCGUGUGGCUGCCUGGGCUUCUCAGAGCCAACCCGGCUCAGAACCUGCAAUCAGGGCCUCAUUGCACACGGCCGGGCCGUCUGCUCCCGGCUGCGGGGUCAGGCACUUUGGGGUGGAAGGAAGUGCAGCUGGUACUGUUGGUCUGGCUUUGAAGGAGCAGGAGCCGUCCCAGGCCCAGCUCCGCCUCAGGAUUUCUCUCCGUGGUGCCCCCCUCCGCACCCAGCAUUCUGCCAGCUGUACCAUCAGGGCUCCAGCAGCCAAAGUGGCAGCUCUGGCACACAAGGCGCAAAGGGCCCUGCCGGAUGGAGUCAGAGGAGGGCCCGGGCCCAUCCCCGAGUCUCGGUUUGUCCCACUGCAGCCCCACAGGCACCUCUGGGCAGCCCGGGGCCCGUGAGGAGCGUGGUUUGGAAAGCAAUGACAUGCUAGGCCGAGCUCCCCUAGGCUGCGCUCUGUUCUGGCUUCCUGCAAGGAUAGGGCUGUCUCCCAGCCCCGAGUGUCCCCCAGCUUGAGGGAAGGAUGUCUCUGACCCCUGAGGAAACCUCAGGCCCUGGAGCCAGACAUCUGGAGCCCCGGCUGUACCCCUCGAGGCUGUGUGAGGCUGGGCAAGUUACUGAACCCCUCUGAGCCUCCCUGUCCCCUCUGUGAGGUGGCAGUGAUGGUGAUGUUGGCCUCGAUGGGCGAUUUGAGGACGCAGUGGAACGGAGCACUUUAAAAAGGGCCGGGCAAGGCAGGCGCACCUGGGGACUUAACCUGCCCGGCCUCUAGCUCUUCUUGGCCCCUCUUGGGGUCCUGCUCAGAGCAGGAUCUGCCGUGUCCCUGCUGUCCAGCGGAACGCGCCCCGCGCAGGCUUCUUAAAGACAGGCAGGAAGGCCACUGAGUUGUUUGCUUUAAGAUGGUUAAUUUGAUGGGGUGUGCAUUUCACCUCAAUUAAUUAUUAAUAAAACAACAGCAAAGCACUUGCAGAUCAUUUGAACACUGCCUUAAAUAUCUGGCUGCCUCGAGUCGAAAAUAAAUCUGAAUCAGGAGGCGGCCAACAAUUCCUAGAUUUUUUUAAGUUAAAUGUUUCUACCCAAGUAAUACUGAAACAGGAAAACAGCACAGGAAUCGUCGUGACUUGACGUCCAGCUCCAAGCAGGUUCCCAGACCAGAGCCGUGUUUUUAUGAGCCGUUGCCCGGCUGCCUGGCCACAGGGCCCUUGCUCCAAUUCUCCUUUCUCCCUCCCAAGGGAAGGAAGGGCAGGCGGGUUAUCCCCAGUUCACAGGUGGGGAGACUGAGGCCAGGAGGAUUAAAAGGCCCAAUGGUCGGCCUGCCCCCUGGAGCCUUCCCUCCCUUCCCUGCAGACCGAGAGCGCCCAGGAAGCUGCCCUGCUGGACCUGGAGCCGUCCGCCCGCCCGUCCUUCCGUCCGUCCUCCUGUCCACAGAGUUUGAUCCUGUGGCAUCUGUACAGCGAGGAGAGGACAAGAACAUGCUCUGAAGACCUUCUCGACAAGACCGGGAAUCCGUGGGCCGAGCCCAGACCUUGACGCCCUGCUGCUUCCCGCCCACCAUGGCCUCGGCUGACAAGAAUGGCGGGAGCCGCUCCUCUGUGUCCAGCAGCCGCCUGCAGAGCCGGAAGCCACCCAACCUGUCCAUCACCAUCCCGCCCCCUGAGCGAGAGGCCCAGGCCCCCGGCGAGCAGGACAGCAUGCUGCCUGAGAGGCCCAAGAACCCAGCCUACUUGAAGAGCAUCAGCCUCCAGGAGCCGCGGACGCGAUGGCAGGAGAGCAGCUCAGAGAAGCCGCCCGGCUUCCGCCGCCAGGCCUCCCUGUCCCAGAGCAUCCGCAAGGGCACGGCCCAGUGGUUCGGGGUCAGCGGCGACUGGGAGGGGAAGCGGCAGUACUGGCAGCGCCGCAGCCUGCACCACUGCAGCGUGCGCUACGGCCGCCUGAAGGCCUCGUGCCAGAGGGACCUGGAGCUGCUCAGCCAGGAGGUGCCGUCCUUCCAGGGCACCGAGUCCCCCAAGCCCUGCAAGAUGCCCAAGAUCGUGGACCCGCUGGCCCGGGGCCGGGCGUUCCGCCACCCGGACGAGGUGGACCGGCCCCACGCCCCGCACCCGCCGCUCACCCCCGGGGUCCUGUCCCUCACCUCCUUCACCAGCGUCCGCUCUGGCUACUCGCACCUGCCGCGCCGCAAGAGGAUGUCCGUGGCCCACAUGAGCUUUCAAGCUGCCGCUGCCCUCCUCAAAGGGCGCCCCGUGCUGGAUGCCACCGGACAGCGGUGCCGGGUGAUCAAACGCAGCUUCGCCUACCCCAGCUUCCUGGAGGAGGACGCGGUCGAUGGGGCAGACACAUUUGACUCCUCGUUUUUUAGUAAGGAAGAAAUGAGCUCCAUGCCUGAUGAUGUGUUCGAGUCGCCCCCGCUCUCUGCCAGCUACUUCCGAGGGAUUCCUCGCUCAGCCUCCCCUGUCUCCCCCGACGGGGUUUCAGUCCCCCCGAAGGAGAGUGGCCGAGCCUCGGCGCCCGCAACCAGGCGCGGCAAGCGCAUCGCCUCCACGGUGAAGCACUUUGCCUUUGACCGCAAGAGGCGGCACUACGGCCUGGGCGUGGUGGGCAACUGGCUGAACCGCAGCUACCGCCGCAGCAUCAGCAGCACCGUGCAGCGCCAGCUGGAGAGCUUCGACAGCCACCGGCCCUACUUCACUUACUGGCUCACCUUCGUCCACAUCAUCAUCACGCUGCUGGUGAUUUGCACCUAUGGCAUCGCGCCCGUGGGCUUUGCCCAGCACGUCACCACCCAGCUGGUGCUGAGGAACAAAGGCGUGUACGAGAGCGUGAAGUACAUCCAGCAGGAGAACUUCUGGGUCGGCCCCAGCUCGAUUGACCUGAUCCACCUGGGAGCCAAGUUCUCGCCCUGCAUCCGGAAGGACCAGCAGAUCGAGCAGCUGGUGCUUCGGGAGCAAGACCUGGAGCGGGACUCGGGCUGCUGCGUCCAGAACGACCACUCGGGCUGCAUCCAGACCCAGCGCAAGGACUGCUCGGAGACUUUGGCCACUUUCGUUAAGUGGCAGGAUGAUACCGGGCCCCCCAUGGACAAGUCCGAUCUGGGCCAGAAGCGGACAUCAGGGGCUGUGUGCCACCAGGACCCCAGGACCUGCGAGGAGCCCGCCUCCAGUGGUGCCCACAUCUGGCCCGACGACAUCACCAAGUGGCCGAUCUGCACGGAGCAGGCCAAGAGCAACCACACGGGCUUCCUGCACGUGGACUGCGAGAUCAAGGGCCGCCCCUGCUGCAUCGGCACCAAGGGCAGCUGUGAGAUCACCACCCGAGAAUACUGUGAGUUCAUGCACGGCUAUUUCCACGAGGAAGCAACGCUCUGCUCCCAGGUGCACUGCUUGGACAAAGUGUGUGGGCUGCUGCCCUUCCUCAACCCCGAGGUUCCUGAUCAGUUCUACAGGCUCUGGCUCUCUCUGUUCCUGCAUGCUGGCGUGGUGCACUGCUUUGUGUCCGUGGUCUUUCAAAUGACCAUCCUGCGGGACCUGGAGAAGCUGGCCGGCUGGCACCGUAUCGCCAUCAUCUUCAUCCUCAGCGGCAUCACCGGCAACCUCGCCAGUGCCAUCUUCCUCCCGUACCGGGCAGAGGUGGGCCCGGCCGGCUCGCAGUUCGGCCUCCUCGCCUGCCUCUUCGUGGAGCUCUUCCAGAGCUGGCAGCUGCUGGAGCGGCCCUGGAAGGCCUUCCUCAACCUCUCGGGCAUCGUGCUCUUCCUGUUCGUCUGCGGGCUCCUGCCCUGGAUCGACAACAUCGCCCACAUCUUCGGCUUCCUCAGCGGCCUGCUGCUGGCCUUCGCCUUCCUGCCCUACAUCACCUUCGGCACCAGCGACAAGUACCGCAAGCGGGCCCUCAUCCUGGUGUCCCUGCUGGCCUUUGCCGGCCUCUUCGCCUCCCUGGUGCUCUGGCUCUACAUCUACCCGAUUAACUGGCCCUGGAUCGAGUUCCUCACCUGCUUCCCCUUCACCAGCCGCUUCUGCGAGAAGUACGAGCUGGACCAGGUGCUGCACUGACCGCCGGCCGGGCCCGGGCCCGGCUGCCACCCCUAGAGCACUGACAAGGCGGGUCUGUGCCCGCCACGGCUGCCCGCCCGCAGGGCACCCCGCCCCGCACGCCAAAGGCCCAGGGACGGGGGCCCUGGGCUCUGGGCCCGGGUGACCUCCUGCCAAGCAAGGCUGACUCCGCGUGAGAUGGCCGAUAAAAGCGGGUUCCUUGGGGAGUGAGGUCUGUGGGUUCCCAGCCCCCUCCCCCUGCUGGGCACUUGUCCUGGGGCCCGGUUUCCUUUCGCCCCGGGUCCUCGCUGCUGCCCUGCUGGUGCCUUCCCCCUCUAUGACGAGCAUGUCCUCGCCAGGGGCAAGGCUGCUCCUCGGUUGGUUGAGCCCAGGGCUGGAUGCCCCCCACGCCCACCAUGGCCCCUUCCUGUUUCUCCUUGUCCCUCUGCCCUGAGCCCACCCACAGGGCUCCCAGAUGUUACACCGUGGAAGAGGCUUUGGUCACAGUCUCAGGCAGAGAACACGCAAGGACACACUGGAUGGAUGCCGAGAGCUUUGCUUGUUUUUGACAGCCAGAGGCUGUGUCUUGCCCGCCCCAGCCCUCCCUUCGUACCAGCCUCCGCCUCUCAGCUUGCUCUGGGAGGACGGACCUGCACCCCAGGGUGCUCAAGGCUCAGUCGGGCCCGUUGUUGACCAGUUUAUAUUAUGGUCCUAAUUUUUAAAAAGUAACGCUAACUUUGUAUGGACGGUGUCUCAAGUGUAUUAAAUGAUAUUCUUUAUGGAA